UGAAAAUCGUCCUCUUCUACAUUGGUUUUCUCCUCCAGUAAUAAAACAUUGUUGCUAUGAAAAUUCCCAAAUAAAAGAAAAUUAAUGUGAAAAACAGAGGCCUGAAAAAGGAAAAAAUGAGAAGAAGAGAGAAAAAGGUCGUCAGUUUAUGAACUGUGAUGAUAAUGAUGAUGUUGCAAAUUAACUGCUCAACAGGAAUCCAGGAUCAGAAAAACUCAAAAAAACCCAACUGAAUUCUCAGAAAUGGAGCAUCACCCAUCUUCUCUCCUUACUCUUUGAUCCACAUUUCUCUGCAUUUUUCGGUGCUAUCUCUCUCUCUCUCUCUCUAAAAUGCGACAUCUCAAGCUCUGUCUCUCUUCUUUUCAUGGCUAUCUCAUUUAAUACAUGAAAACCUGCAGGGAAAAGCGGGUAGUCCCAGGUCCGUAGCAGGCUUUUUCUCUCUAUAUAAUGUUCCCAUUAGCAGAGACUGUUCAUCACAUCCACAAAGCCUGUGUAAAGCUCUCCUUUCCUCUUUCUCUCUCUUCCUUGCGUUUCCGAAACGUUGAAGCUGCAUUCUUGAGAGAGAGAGAAUAUCUCUUUCUUUCAUAAUCUGUUAAUCCUUUUGAAGUUAGAGAGAGAAUCAGUUCCCCCUUUUCUUUUCGGUUUUGUAAUAUCAAUUUAAAUCAAAUGCUGCCUCAUUAUUGAAUAGAAAACCGAUACCCACUUUCUCAAAACCAGGCCAUUCAUCAAAUCUCUUUCUGGUUUUCGAGUUUAUCCGAAAAGGGUUUUGUUUUCUAAGGAAUCAAAAUGUUCAGGCUCACUGAACACAAGCUUAUUUGUGUUGUUUUCCUCGCUUUUCUGGUAUUCCAAAACCAGGCAAACCUUGCUUUAGCUCAAAGUGGUUUUGUGAAAACCAGAGGAACCCAUUUCAUGGUUAAUGGUUCCCCUUUCUAUGUUAAUGGGUUCAAUGCUUACUGGUUGACGCAAAUGGCCUCUGACCCUUCAACCAGGGGUAAAGUAACCUCUGUUUUUCAACAAGCUUCAAGCUAUGGCUUAACUGUAGCAAGAACUUGGGCUUUCAGUGAUGGAGGUUACAGGCCUCUGCAAAUUUCUCCUGGUUCCUAUAAUGAAGAUAUGUUCAAGGGGCUGGAUUUUGUGAUUUCAGAGGCUAGGAGAUAUGGCGUACGUUUGAUAUUGAGUUUUGUGAACAACUACAAAGACCUUGGAGGAAGGCCUCAGUACGUGCAGUGGGCCAGGAACCAGGGCCAGUCUUUGAACUCUGACGAUGAUUUUUACACAAACCCUGUUGUUAAAGGUUACUACAAGAACCAUGUUCAGAGUGUUAUUUCUAGGGUGAAUAGUAUGAGUGGUGUGGCAUAUAAGGACGACCCCACCAUUUUUGCGUGGGAGCUCAUGAACGAACCUCGCUGCCAAACUGAUCUAUCUGGACGACCUGUGCAGGAAUGGAUCACAGAAAUGGCUGCUCAUGUUAAGAGCCUGGAUAGCAACCAUCUACUAGAAGCAGGUUUGGAAGGAUUUUAUGGAGACUCAUCUCCUCAAAGGGAGCAAUUCAACCCUGGCUACAAAGUGGGCACUGACUUCAUCUCCAACAAUCAGAUUCCUGGCAUCGAUUUCGCUACAAUCCAUGCAUACCCUGAUCAAUGGAUAUCUGGCUCCAGUGACCAAGCGCAGCUCUCUUUCCUUCAAAGCUGGGUCCAAGCCCACAUAGAAGACUCAAACACAGUGCUCAAAAAGCCUAUGCUUUUCACUGAAUUUGGAAAGUCCUCCAAGACCCAGGGCUACACUCCAGGCCUUAGGGAUACAUUAUUUGCAGCAGUAUAUAAUAGCAUUUAUACAUCAGCAAGGAGCGGUGGAGCUGGUGCUGGUGGUUUAUUUUGGCAGCUUUUAGAUAAAGAUAUGGAUAAUUUUAGAGAUGGCUAUGAGGUUAUAAUGGCUGAGAGCCCCUCCACCGCCAAUGUAAUUGCUCAACAAUCGCAUAAAGUAUCGAGCCUGAACCGCGUGUUCGCUAAGCGGAGAAACGUACAUAGAGUUGAGGAGGCUAAAUCUAUGAGAGAAAACCAGAAGAAUUAGUUGGUGGUCUUCUUUUUUGGGGUUUUGAGGUUUAAAUGAGUAACAAUAAUGCAAGGCUCACAUGUAUAGGGCCUUUUGUUAUCUUUUCUGUUUUUUGAUAGAACAGAAGAAGGAUAGAUUUUGUUUUUGUUUUGAUGUUUGCUGAGAAGUUUAUAUGAAUACUAAGAAAGUGCUGGAGUGUUUCGGCCUUCUGUCGUGA